AUGCGGCUUCCACAGUCGGGAAUCUUUCAUGAGGGGAGAGUACACAUUCUUCUGGCGGGAAAAGGCAAGGACGAUGUCAAAGAGCAAGUGAUUAACAACGAACUAUUUCGGCUUCGAAUGGACAUUGCAGCGGUUCAAGAGACAUGCGGCUUCCACAGUCGGGAAUCUUUCAUGAGGGAGAGAGUACACUUUCUUCUGGCGGGAAAAGGCAAGAACGAUGUCAAAGAGCAAGUGAUUAACAACGAACUAUUUCGGCUUCGAAUGGACAUUGCAGCGGUUCAAGAGACAUGCGGCUUCCACAGUCGGGAAUCUUUCAUGAGGGAGAGAGUACACUUUCUUCUGGCGGGAAAAGGCAAUGACGAUGUCAAAGAGCAAGUGAUUAACAACGAACUAUUUCGGCUUCGAAUGGACAUUGCAGCGCUUCAAGAGACACGCGGCUUCCACAGUCGGGAAUCUUUCAUGAGGGAGAGAGUACACAUUCUUCUGGCGGGGAAACAGGAAGGACGAUGUCAAAGAGCAAGUGAUUAA